GGGGGAAAUCGGUCGGUAAAGCGGGCAGCCUCCAUUUUCUUCGCGCCUUUAUUGUUGUGCUCCGGAAAAUUCAUUCUUUUUGGACUCCUCUCUUUGACAAUUUCACUUGAGAAGAUUGGAGAGAUUGCAUUUGUAGGCAGAAGAAGACCAUGGCAUAACUUUUCGUUCAUCUGUUAGUCAACUGAUCACCUGUCAAAAUGAUGCAUCGAAGAGGAGGGAAGCGUAUCCGGAUGGAUGACCCUCCACCAGAGUAUGAAAAUCCAAUGACCCCUAUGACACCGUACUCUCCCUACACACCUUAUCACAACUCUGCAGCAGCUACUCCACUUCACCCUGGGGCGGAUUUGUAUGCUGAUAACUAUGGUGGACAUGCUCAUCAAGAGGAAGAAUAUGGUCACCACCAUCAACAACCACAGCAGCAGAUUCAACACCAGCAAAUUUACCACACUCCAGAGCAGCAACAAGCGGAGUAUCAGGCUGAACUUGAGCGGCAGCGAUUACAACAGCAGCAGUUAGAGCAGCAACAACUAGAGCAGCAGCAGCUGGAGCAACAACGGCAACUCCAGCAGCAACAGCAGCUUCAACAGCAGCAGUUACAAGAGCAGAUGCAACAGCAGCAGCAUCAAGAGCAGCUGCAACAGCAACACCAAGAGCAGCUGCAGCAACAGCAACUCCAACUUCAACAACAGCUGCACCAGGAUCCGGAGGAGCAACACUUGCACCAGCAGCCGACCUCUGAACUGGACCAUCAUCCUGAGGACAGUGAACCUGUUCGAGGACGUGUGACGAGAGCUCGACUUCGUGGAGCAAUGAAUGCCCCACCACCGCCGAGUGCAGUCCCCGCCCCUACCGCGGCUCAAAUACGCAGAGCGUUAGCUGACGAUACAAAUAAACAACCUAAGAAGAGAGCUGUUGGGGGUCGCAAAAGUAACACUGAAAUUCUGUCUGAAGAUGAAGCAUCAUUGUACUUUAUUCUUAAAAAUGGUAGAGCAUCAAUUCAGACAACUGUUGAUGAUUGGAUUGAAACAUACAAGUCAUCCAAAGAUGGAGCCCUGCUGUCUCUGAUGCAGUUCUUUAUCAACGCUUCAGGCUGCAAAGGAAAAAUUACUCCAGCUAUGCAGGGUAACAUGGAGCAUGCUGGAAUAAUCAGGAAAAUGACUGAAGAAUUCGAUGAAGAAAGUGGUGAAUAUCCUCUCAUUAUGACUGGACAGCAAUGGAAGAAGUUCAAGAACAAUUUUUGUGACUUUGUGCAAACGUUAGUGAGGCAGUGUCAGUACUCCAUCAUCUAUGAUCAAUAUUUGAUGGACAAUGUCAUCUCACUUCUCACUGGACUGUCUGAUUCUCAAGUUAGAGCAUUCAGACAUACUGCUACCUUAGCUGCUAUGAAACUUAUGACAGCCCUUGUUGAUGUGGCACUGACUGUUUCCGUCACCUUGGCUAACACUCAACGUCAAUAUGAAGCUGAGCGUCAGAAAACAAGAGACAAGCGAGCUGCUGAUCGUCUUGAAUCUUUAAUGGCGAAACGUCAGGAACUGGAAGAAAACAUGGAUGAAAUAAAGAACAUGCUUACAUACAUGUUUAAAUCUGUGUUUGUCCACAGAUACAGGGAUACACUUCCAGAUAUUCGAGCAAUCUGUAUGGCAGAAAUUGGAGUCUGGAUGAAAAAGUUCCACUCCAACUUUCUUGACGAUUCUUACCUCAAAUAUAUUGGAUGGACAUUGCAUGACAAAGUGGGAGAAGUCCGUCUUAAGUGUUUGCAGGCUCUUCAACCCUUAUAUGCUUCAGAAGAAUUGAAGGGAAAACUUGAAUUGUUCACCAGCAAGUUCAAAGACCGUAUUGUAGCCAUGACUUUGGACAAAGAAUAUGAUGUGGCUGUGCAAGCUGUGCGACUUGUUAUCAGCAUUUUAAAACAUCAUAGAGAUAUUUUGACAGAUAAGGAUUGUGAACAUGUCUAUGAAUUGGUUUAUUCCUCCCAUCGUCAAGUAGCCCAAGCUGCCGGAGAAUUCCUUAAUGAGCGUUUGUUCGUUCUUGAUGAGAAUGCUGUUAAUGGUAUAAAGACCCGCAGAGGUAAAAAGCGCCUGCCUAAUACUCCCUUGAUUCGGGACUUAGUUCAAUUUUUCAUCGAAUCUGAGCUUCAUGAGCAUGGUGCCUAUCUUGUUGACUCUUUAAUUGAGUCUAAUGACAUGAUGAAAGAUUGGGAAUGCAUGACAGACUUACUCAUAGAAGAACAUGGCCCUCAUGAAGAACCCUUGGAUGAUCGUCAAGAGACUUCUCUAAUAGAAAUCAUGGUCUGUUGUAUCAGACAAUCUGCCACUGGAGAGCCACCGGUUGGAAGAGGUCCCACCAGGAAGCAAGUUCCUUCAGUAAAGGAGGUCAAACAGGUGAAAGAGGACAAAGAGCGUCUUACAGACCACUUCAUGCAGGCUCUUCCGCCACUUUUAGAGAAGUAUGGUGUAGACAGUGACAAACUUACCAACCUGCUUUGCAUUCCACAAUACUUUGACCUGGAAAGGUAUACCAGUUCAAGACAAGAAGGGAAUCUUGACAAGCUCUUGAAAAAAAUUCAGAAUAUUGUGGACCGUUCUACUGACAACGAUGUCCUGGACGCUUGUGCAAAAACGUUGGAGUUUCUUUGCACUGAAGGCACUGCCAUUUACACUCGUUGUGAUGUAGCUCGUUCAACUCUUAUAGAUACCCUAGUUAACAAAUAUAAGGAGGCAAUGGAUGAUUGGCGUUCACUCAUUGAGGGGGAAGAAGAACCUAACGAAGAAGAAACGUAUCAAGUCAUCACAAGUCUGAAGAAGGUCUCAAUUUUUUCAGCGUGCCACAAUUUAGGCCACUGGAACAUUUGGGAUUCCAUUUUCCAAGAUAUCCAUGAUGCAAAAGAAAAAGUUCGCAAAACAUUACCUGAAGAGGCCAUUAAAUAUUGUAUUGGUGCUUGCUAUUAUGGCAUUUUGUGGGAUCUGAAGACCAUAGAAGAACGGUUAGAAGCUGGAAGCCCAGUUGAGACCGAGCUUCCUAAUCUGAAGAACAAGCUUCGUAUGUUCAUGGACCUCAUGAAGCAACUAUUACCACAUGCAGACGUACAAAUGUAUCGAGAUGAGGCCUACAUCACUUUGUGUGAUCUUCUUGUGCUGUUCAGUAAUCAACUUGGUCAGGGAACUCACAAUGCUUUAGAACAGUUGGUUUAUGAAGCAGAUAGAGAGCUUCAGCAAAUGCUGAAUGGUUUUAUUCAAACUUAUGUGUUCAUUGAUGAAGAUGAGGAGGAACUUGAUGAGCACUCAAAAAUUGAGGAGCUUCAUAAAAGGAGGAACUUUUUAGCUUCUUUCUGCAAACUAAUUGUUUACAAUAUGAUGCCUGUCCAAGUUGCUGGUGAUGUCUUCAAACAUUAUGUUAAGUACUACAAUGAUUACGGUGAUAUAAUCAAAGCAACAUUAGGAAAGGCAAGAGAAAUAAACAAGAUCAAAUGUGCUCGCACUAUGGUUUCCAGCCUCAUUUUCAUUUUCCAAGAAUUGCAGACUGAUGGUCAGAAAGUCAAUCGUAGUGCUGAAGAGUUCACCAGUGUUAAGGAACUUGCCAAGAGGUUUGCUCUGUCAUUUGGGUUAGAUGCAGUGAAAAACAGAGAGGCAAUAACUAUCUUACAUCGAGAGGGAAUCUUAUUUGCUGUGCAACAAAAUGGAGAUGUCCCUGAAGAUCCAUCAAGUCCCCCACCAAAUUUACCUUUCCUUGAAAUUCUCAGUGAAUUUACCAACAAGCUUUUGAAGCAAGACAAGCGACUUGUAUUGGGUUUUUUGAAUCGAAGAAUUUCUGCUGGUAUGCCAUCCAGCCGUGGAGAAGACUGGCAACCUCUUUUACAAUACCGUAACAGUUUAGUUCAUGGGGAGUCAGAUCAGCCAAUAGUCACCUCCAAGAGGGCUUACGGCCGUAAAAAGAAGGAUGCAGCUGAUGAUGGUGAUGAUGGAGGUGAUGACAAUGCCAACUCUGAGGAUGAGUAUAAUGCUGGGGUGCAUGCAGCCAAAGUCACUAGGAAGAGAGCACAAACUACUGUGAAACCAAAGCUUGAUAUUCGGAUUGCCCCAGUGAAAAAGAGAGCUGUUGAACUCUUUUCAUCAUCAUCCCCUUCAGCAUCAGGUUCCAACACACCUCCCACUGCAAGCCAUAAUGGUCCUGAGAAAAGUAGGAUGAAGCCAGCUUCUCGAACUCGCUCCUCAUUCCAUGAGCACUUAGGCGCAGGCGGAAGUCCCGAACCAUUUUCUGGACGUCUGAGAAAGAGGUCAUCAGCUGUUCACAGCUAUGAAGAACUGAGUGACAUUGAUUCUGAUGAUGACAAAGGGUCUUCCAGGCGUCGUAAGGGAAGACUAAGGCUAAGUCGCAAAGAUGGUGAAGUGAACAACAACUCUGAUGCAGUCAAUAGUGGAGAUGAAGGGACCUCGACUUCGUUGCAGAUCUCUUCAGAUGAGAGGGGGGUUGAAGUUGCAGCCAGUGCAUCUCUCUCAAAAUCAUCUGCAUCUGAUUUACAAGUUUCAUCUGGACUCGAUUAUGAAGGAAAUAAUGAAGAAGAAAAUAGUCAUCAUCUCCUUGGUGAAGGUGAUGGCAGUGAUGAGGAUAGUGAAUGACAGUAGUUCUUUAAUAUUUAACUCUGCAUGUGAUUUUAUCAAAAACAAAAAGGGAAAAAAAAUUGAUAUGUUUUGUUCAAAUUAUGUGCAUUUGUUAAUGGAUUAUCUGUUAAGUUUUACUUUUGUUUAUGGUUUUGUUUUUCUCAAUUUGAUUAAUAGCCAUGUUUUUUUACAAAAUUUUGAUUUCUGUAAAUAGACAGCUUUUUGCAAACUUUUUAUUUUUCUGUUUAAUAGUAUUGUAUAAUGUAUUACAAUAUUGCAUAUUUCAUGACAACUAGUGUGGUGAUUUUAUGUGCCAUUGAGCCAGAAUCUUUUUUCAUGUUUUGAUAUUUAGACUUUGAGUCAAAUACAAGAUUCACUGAUGUGAGGUAACAGUUCAUCUUUUUUUAUCUAUGAUUGUAAUUGGUUUAAUAAAAUGGUUGAUACCAUGGACAAUG